UUUUUAGGGUUUCUCAUUUCCUUCUUAUCCCCGCGAACUAGCAAUACCAACGUGCCUGCCGCCACACGAAUUUGAGGUCUGAAUUCUGGUUCAGGCUGACUUCUUACUGUGCGCUAUCAUCAAGAAGUUCAACUCUUCGCAGCUGCCUUGAGCCGUGCUGAGAGGAGCGGGUAUCACCAGCAGCAGUUGCGAGGUGUGCGUUAUAGAAUAUUAUUUUGGAACUGUCCGUACUUCGUAUUGGAAACCCUGUGAUGAACUGCAUUUCGUACCUAUCUUCUGCAGCUCUAUUUUCAUGGAUGAGGCAUGUGGUCGUGAGGAGUUCAUUUUCUGGCCUAUCUAUUGUAACCUGGAAAAGAAGCAUAUGGCAUACUGGCAUUAGAGUGAUUGGCCUUGAUUCCUGCUUAACUGGAUUUCGUAUUAAGUGCUUGUCUGCUCGACGAUCACGCAUUUCAAGAUCAUCAAAGGUGAAUCUUAAGCCAAUCAUGGCAGAUGAAUCUGAUGCAUUUUAUGUUGUUCGAAAAGGUGAUAUAGUUGGCAUCUACAAAAGUUUAAGUGAUUGUCAGGCUCAAGUUAGCUCUUCGGUAUGCGAUCCUUCGGUUAGUGUGUACAAAGGUUACUGCUUGCGCAAGGAAACUGAAGAUUACUUUGCUUCUCAGGGGUUUAAAGAUGCUCUAUAUUCCAUGCAUGCAGCACAUUUAAAAGAUGAUAUGUUUAGUACUCUUGUGGCUUGUCCUUUCCAGCAACCAGAUGGACUAGCCUUUUUGGUUGACAAGACACUUAAGGGGAUUCCUCCGCAAAAGAGAUUACAAGAAGUGGGAAUCACUGGCUCUAAUGACGAGCCAACGUCACCACCAAACAAAUUUUCUAAAAUGGUUCCCACUGUUGAAGCUCAAACAAUAAAAAGAAAACCUGGGAUUGCUGUCUCAAGCGUCAUGCCAACUGCACCAUCAAACAAGCAUUCCAAAAUGGCUCCUGUCGUUGAAGCUCAGCCAAACAGUGAACUUAUGACUUGCAUACUUGAAUUUGAUGGUGCUUCUAAAGGUAAUCCUGGUAUGGCUGGUGCUGGAGCAGUACUGAGAGCAGAAGAUGGGAAUGUGAUUUCUCGUGUUCGCGAAGGCUUAGGUAUUACAACAAAUAAUGUGGCUGAAUACCGUGCCUUAAUUUUGGGAAUGAAAUAUGCUCUCAUGAGAGGCUUCAAGCAUAUCAGGGUGCAAGGUGACUCCCAAUUAGUUUGCCUUCAGGUUCAAGAUCUCUGGCAAACUAAGAACCAGAAUAUGGCUGAUCUGUGCAGAGAGGUGAAAAAGCUGAAGGAUAUGUUCCAGUCAUUUAGCAUCACGCAUGUUAGAAGGGAGUUCAAUGCCAUUGCUGAUAAUUUGGCCAACUUAGCUGUUACUCUUCCAGCUGGAGAAGUUUGUGAAGAUUUUGGCCCCUUGAGUUGAGUCUGGUGAUUAUAAUUUUUCUUCUGUUAUCUCAAAAUCAGCUUUUCUGAAGCAAUUUGUAGGAAAAGAAUGGAGCAAACUGAAUAUUCUUUCAACCAAAUAAAUAUUAUUUUUUGCUGGUGGCUUUUACUUCCCCA